CAUGCAGUGCUGCUCGUGUGUGUAAACUUUGGUGCACACUAUAUGACAUGUCGUCAUUGUUUGGAAAUACCAUGAUUACCACAGAAGUCACGCGAGACUUUCAAAUGAAAGACAGAAAAUCAAGAUUUAAUCUGAAGAAAUGUCUGGCAUCUGCCUUAUCAAAGGAUUUUAACAGGCUACUCGCUGAGGAAAUUGAAGCAGAUGUUUCUCUCUGUGUUGGGUCCAACACAUUCCGGGUGCACAGGGUGGUUCUGUUGGCCCGGGCACCAUACCUUCUUGAAGGUGACUCUCUGGAUCCAGGCACCAUCCACCUAAAAAACUUUAAACCCUGGGAGCUGAAGGACCUUUUACAGCGGGUGUACACAGCAGACCAGCGGAUGGGCCAGACACAGGAUCCCCUGGAAGGACAUUCAGGGGCCUCCAGGGGGGGUGAAGGCGCACAAUCCUCAAUGGCCAGCAACUCAGCAGACCCUGUGGUUCUGGAACCGGCCUCUGGGCUGGGAGCAGAUCUGUUGGAGCUGUACCAGGCGGGCCACUCUUCUGAUAUCAGUAUUCAAGUUGGGGAUCGGGUCUUCCCAGCCCACAGAUCCAUCCUGUGUGCGCGUUCUCAGUACUUCAGUGCCAUGCUGAGUGGGAGCUGGCUGGAGAGCUCCAGGCCGUGCAUCACUCUACACGGCCUGUGCCCUGAAGAGAUGGAGAUCCUCCUGCACUUCAUGUAUGGAGCCAUUGUGGACCUUCCUCCAGGAGCCAAUCUCUGCCAGGUGGUCUGUGCAGCAGACAUGUUGGGCUUGGACGGCCUGAAGGACGUGGUAGAGGUGGUGCUGACCCGAAACUACUGCCGCUUUUUCCCCAAGCAGGUGGAUGGGGUCCAGAAGUCAAUUCUUGAGUGCCUUUCUAUCUCCCAUUCGGUAGGACUUAAGCACCUCUACAGUUUAUGUAUAAGGUGGAUUGCGGAACACUUUGUGAAAUGCUGGUGCGAGAGAAACUUCGCUCUUCUGCCUGCAGAACUCCAGAGACAGUGCCUGACAAGCGUGAUAGACACCACGACUGUGAAGAACGUGGUGUCCAUACUGUGUGGCAGUGAACAGCUAAUUGCUAGUCUGCCAGAGGUAAAGUGGGCCAAGCAAGCCCUGGCCCUGGCCACAGAGUUGCAGGAGGAGUGCCUAUGCACCAUCGUGGCCCACCUGCCCGAGGUUACCCACACAGUUGCCUUCCAUACCCUCAAAAGGACAGAGGAAUUCAGUCUGGAGCCCUGCAUGCUGAAGAAAAUCUGCAUGGCUGUCAAGAACGGCAUGACGGUGGAGAACUGCUGCAGUCUCUUUGUCGCCGUGGACAGCAUGGCGGGCAAUGAGGAUGCAGAGGGGGAACUGGAGGAGAACGGUGGCCAAACGGAAGAGGAGCUGUCUGUCUCCCAGCCUUUCAGAUGUGAGGUGCAGGCACUACGCACGAGGCUGUGGACAUUCCUGCUCCAGUCUUUCUAUGCUGUUCGUCACACGCAGGGAUGGCACAGCCUGCCCGCCAAGCACAGGGAGCGGAUACAAGCAGCUGCUCUUGACAAAGGAGACAGCAGAAGACUUGGGAAAAAGCCCAUAUUUACCAGCUCACAGCAGCAGAAGUCUGUGAAAUGCCCCGCACCCCCUGCAGCUCCCCGUAAGAGCCCCCCCAUCCCCAGGAGCCAGCGCCUGGAGAAGACCAAGAGCAACGCCUUCACCACUCCAAGAAACAUGAAGUCAGAUGGGUUAGGGUCAUCUGGACACACUACCACGGCAGCAAGGGGGCUGUGCAACAAGCCCGGAGAUAACGAGGCCACCAAGGCCAAGAACAGCAAGGGAAAGGCAGCUAAAGAAGGCAGCCCUGGAGACAAGAGUAUGCCCGGCAAGGCCAAAACAGCAGCAGCCAGAGCCAAACCAGAGCUCAAUGGCACGGGGAAAACUAGCAGCCUUGGGGCUGGGCAGGAGGACUCAGUGCCCGCUGCCAAAGGUCCAUGGGGCUCCCCACCUGGGAAAGGGGUCAAAGAUAAGGACAGGAAGCCCAAUCCAAGGGCCAGGCCGGAAUCCGGCCCCUCCACCAACGCCAGUGUGAUGACCAUGCCCAAGUCUGCCAGGCUGCAGAGGGGCGGCUCAGGGAAGGACUUCCUCCAGGGUCCAGAUGGCGGCAGGACUGCCCAAGCCGCUCCCUCCACAUCCCAUGCUGCCUCACCAGAGAACGGCGGCAGUAGCCCCUGCAACUCCACCCCAGGUCACAGGCCAAAAAAUGCAACCUCAGUGACAACCAAAUCUCCAGUGACCAAGACACUUCAGAAACCAGAGGCCUCAAAGACUAACAGCACUGCACACAAGGCCAGCAUGAGAGAAGCUAGCAAGGCCAAGCCCCCUGCUUCAGGGAGGGGGAAUGCAGGACCGGCUGGACCCAGAGCGGAGGUGAAAUGCAAGAACACAGGGCAGAACCAUGGCUCCAGGUCUGUUUCAGUUGCAAGCGGACAGAAGCCUGCCUCCACCAGGAAGGAGGAGGGUAAACAGAGCCCAAGAUUGGUGGCGGGGGACAGAGCAGCCAGCGAAGCUGCCAGGGGAAAGAGCAGCAAGGCCACGGCCUCCACUGGAACGGAGGCCAAAUCCAGCGCCAAGUUAACAAAAGCUGUCUCUGCCCCUGCCUUCUCCAGGCAGUCCCCACUCCCUCCAAGCAAAAAUGGACCAAAGCAGAAAAGCACCUCUGACACCACCACAGGAAAACAGUCCCCCAAAUCAGCAGGACCAGUGAAACAGCCCCUUUCUGGGCCCAGGAAGCAAGACACUAAAGUAAAAGAGGCUUCCCCUCAUACAAGUGCAGACCCUAAAGAUGCUGACCCCAAACUGGGCACCCCUGGAGCUGCCAUUGGAGAGCUGUCUGAGAGGUGCGUAGGAGUGGAGAGCUCCCAGCCACAGCCCCUGCCGGGAGCAGCUGAUACAGCCCCCUCACAGCAGACACCUGACCUCAGCCCUCACAACAAAGGAGGGAAUUUACCCUCUCAGCCUGUGACAAGGGGUCUUGCAGGGUCGUGUAUUCCCAGUAAAACCCCACAUCAGUCAAGCGAGGAUGAGGCCAGGUCUCAUGACACAGGAGCCCAAGCCCCAUCAGGCCAGCCCCUGCUGCCAGCAUCAAAUACAGGCCCUGCUGCAGGCACAAUGCAAGCAGACCCCACCCGACCCUCAGUGGAAAAGGGAGGUGCUGGGAUGCAAACAAUAGGUUGUGACGUCCCCUCCCACCCCUGCCCUGGACAGGUCUGCAGGCUCGGCUCUGUCAGUUUUUCGAAGGAACCAGCCCAUCCUGUCGAAACUCCAGGCAGCCUGGACAGUUCAGAGACCCCCCUGGAAGAUCCCUGGAGCGGCCUGCGUCAGCAGGCCAGCCCUGAGUCAGAGUCGGGCAGUGCCACCACCUCCUCUGAUGACAUCAAGCCCCGGUCAGAGGACUAUGACGCAGGAGGUUCGCAGGACGAUGACUGCUCCCACGACCGAAGGGUGUCUAAGUGCGGCACCAUGCGGUGCCCUGACUUCCUGGGCCGCAGCAGCAGUGACACCAGCACCCCCGAGGAGCUGAAGGUGUGUGACAGCGGAGGGGGCCUCCGUGUGGAGGUGCGCCUAAGGGGCCGGGACGUGACCGACCCAUUCCAUAUACAUUCCACCAGCGAGGAUGAGGCGGGCCGCCAGAGGCCCCGGUCCUGGCUGCGGCUGGACAGCGUGCCCAUGGAGGAGCAGCCUGCUGAGGCAGAGGCUCCUGUUGCUGUCAAGAGUGUCCCUGAUCACCAGCUCUUCUCCUCCGAGGAAGAGGAGGAGAUGGAGGAUGAGCACUCAGAGGUGGAGAUCCCCCCUGGGAAGGCCCCAUCUGUGCUCACAGACCCCUCCUCCCAGUUUGAGGGGAUUGUCAACCUGGCCUUUGAGGAUGCUGGUGAGCAGGAUAACAAGCCACUUGAUUACCAGUCCUCUUCCAGCUUCCGCCGCUCAGUACUACUCUCCGUGGAUGAGUGUGAGGAGGUGGGGUCUGAGGAGGGUGGAGCACAGACCCCUCCAAACCAGCCUGGGGGUGACCCCCUUAUGCCCUGCAGUGUCUUUGAAAGCGAGCCUCAGGGGCAUUGGGAUGGGUUAUCCCACUGCACAAAAAGUAUACCUAAAGACAGCAGCUCCACAGAUGUUUCCAAACAAAGGUGUAAGGAGGGCCAGGAAGGCCAGCCCACCUUGUUCCUGACGGAGCUCCAGGAGACCCUGCAGGAGCAGCACAAGCACACUAAGGUGGGAGCCCUGUCAUCCGGCAGCCUGCUCCUAGAGCCUAAUGCUUGUGACCCCCAACCUCAGGAGAGGCCCUGCCACUUGGACCUGCAGUACACCGAGCAAUACAAUGAAGGCGGGCCAUGCUGGAACCCCCCAGUCAACCUUGCAGAUGGCAAGAGAGCAGACUUGCACCUAGACUUGCAUGAGCCACAACUGACAGUGAGUGCUCCUACACAUGAUGCAUCUUCCCCAGCAGGGAACUUAGAUGAUUGUGACAGAUUGGAUCAAACCUGCACAUGUGACCGCCGCCCAUCAAAAACCCUCUCUCCCAUUUAUGAGAUGGAUGUGGGAGAAGCCUUUGAGCGGCGCUUGGAUGUGACCAUUGCGAGGAAGUGGGAGCAGCCAGAGGAGAGUAAGGAGGAAGAAGUGGAAAAGAAGGAGGAUGAGAGCAGUGAAUUUGUGGAGCGGGACUGGACCCUGCUCCGGCAGCUGCUAUCAGACCAGGAAUCCAACCUUGGCAUUAUAAACUCAGUACCAGAGGACCUGAACCUGGCCCAAUACCUGAUCAAACAAACACUGGCCCUAUCGCGUGACUGCUUGAAGACACAGACCAUGCUACCCCAGGAGAAGGAGACCUUCAAGAGGUGGGCAGAACUCAUCUCCCCCCUAGAGGACUCCACUACCAGCAUCACUGUCACCAGUUUCUCGCCUGAGGAUGCUGCCUCCCCACAGGGUGAGUGGACCAUUGUGGAACUGGAAACUCACCACUGACAACAGAAUGGUGCAGGGCUCAGAAGACCCCACUUUGCAACCGUUGGGUUUCCAACCAGCCCUUUUUCUGCUGGCCUGGAAGAACGUUUCUGCUUUUUACC